AUGGAGUUCGACUUGGUCGUCUAUUUCAGCCAAAUUCAUGCGAACAACCAAGAGCAGCAGUGCAAUGGGACGCGCCAGCCACCACACGCCGGCAUCACUCAGCUGCUCAUCGGUCUCUAUCGCAUGCCUAAAGACCCGGAGAAUGACCCAGUGAUACUGUGGAUGCAAGGGGGACAUGGUACAUCCUCACUUCUGGGAUUCUUCAACGAGCAUGUUCCUUACUAUCUGUCUGAGGACGGUAAUGAGGCGGCCUUUCGUGAUCUUACCUGGGCGAAACGCUACUGGAUGCUCUACGUUGACCAACCCGUGGGGACGGGAUACAGUUACACCGAAAACGACGCCGGCUACACCCACAACCAGACCGAAGUUGGUCCCGACAUGUUCGAGUUCCUGCAACUGUUCUUCAUGAUGUUCGGUGACCUGGCCGAGAACGACUUUUACAUCGCGGGUGAAUUGUAUGCCGCUUCAUCUAUGGCAUCGGCCUCAUCGGCACGCGCCGCCGCCGGCUACGUGUUACGAGUCACCAGGGAUGUGGUCGCCAUGGUCCGCGUGGGUAACACAGUGGAGAGCGGCAUCAAAAUGGACCGCCUCUUCUUCGGCAUCCUGGCACACGAAACUUUCUUUAAGAACGUCACGGGCUUCGACUACUACUACAACUACCUGACUGACAUGAAGCCUGAAGGCACCCAUUUUAUCACUGACAUAAUGCCCCCGGCAGUGCCGCAGUUAACCACGAUGCUGGAGAACGGCUACAAGGUGCUGGUGUACAGUGACCACUUAGACAUCUGCGUGCCCACGACGCACACUGAGAAAUUUCUGGCCAACCGAAGCGCCGACGGCAAGCGCCUGCACGGCUAUAAGAAGACCAUAGAGAACCUGAACUGUGUAGUGGUUCGCAAUGGAGGUCACGUUCUACCUUACGACCAGCCCGACGCUAUGUUUGAGCUCAUCACAGCAUUCAUCGAUAACGAGCCGCCUUUCUCUGCUCAGGCUACCUCUGUCGCGUAG